AUGUCUGAUCAACCGGAGAGCCAUUCAGAGACCCUGGAGGAGGCUCGGGCACGGCUCAUGUGCACCCUGGACUCCAUCGCUUCGGGAGGGGUGUCAGAUGAACCACAUGACCAGGAGGCAGGCGUGCUUUGUGCUCAAGCCAACCUGGGCAUGACAGACUAUGGAAGGCAUGAUGCCCCUGUUGAGGAUAAAGAACACGGCGGCACGACGGAUUCAUCGGUCAUGGAACUGAGCACAGCUUCAGCCACCAGGACUGGGUUAACCAAGGCCGCCCCGGUGAAGGAAAUCGAUUCGGUCAGCUUGUCGAAAUAUGGCGACUUUCUCGAUGAAGCUGACUUCGUCGCGCGAGCCACUAGAGAUCAGAGGCGUGCUUGGGUUCGAGCUAACCUCGCGCUCGACACAGCAUCCCGAGAUCCUUCCCACAUCUCUUCCGACAGAGGAUCCCGUGACGCUUUCUGCUGGAUAUGCGCAAGGAGGGGCCUGUUCAGAACUUGCCCGCAGAUGCUGUCGCCGGAGAUCAAUCCCAAAAUCACGAUAGCUGACCACGUUGGCGCAGCUGUUUUCGGAAAUGACGUUGCUGAUCCUGGUUGGAACCCGGAGAAUAAGAGAAUUGUCUUGUACACCGACGCCGCCACGAAAAACGGUAACGAGGAUGGCCCAGGCAUAGCUGGCGCUGCUGUUACUUCCAGAUUCUUGGGCCAAGGCCCCCCGUCGUGGUCUAACGCUUCGUACGCCAUUAUUGGGACGCAUCACUCGCACAAGGCAGAGCUAUAUGCAAUUGGGUUGGCAUUGGACAUCGCCGCCUGCGAGAUCCAGAGAAUGGUCGACGACAGCCGCCGGCGCGGCUUCCAGGAUGGCAAUCAGGAGCGGCCGGAGUUCCCCAGCGUGAUUAUUAUGACGGACUCGCAGUCAUCCCUUUACUAUAUCCACGACUUCACCUGGCAAGACACUGUUCCUGAGAUAUUCUCAGACGAUACAUUCACCAACCUGAUGGGUCCGCUGAAAUGGAUACUUCAGCUGGGAGUUCGAGUCCGCUUCCACUGGGUGCCGGCGCACACGAACGUCGACGGAAACUGUCGAGCGGAUGCCGCGGCUAAGGCUGCCAGCGUGGAGUCGAUGAAGUUCUACUCGGUACUGGCAGACCAAGGAUCCCGGGAUUGUCACAUCGUGAAUAUUCAAGGCCAUCCGCAUGGCGAGCCCAAUGGUGACGAUUCGCCCUUUUCAAAGCCCAAACCUCGUAUCUACGCCAAGGUGGCAACCCAGAUCCGAGCCCUUGAAAUAAACUUCAUCAACAAAACCUACCGUGAUCGGUAUCAGAGCUGGAUUGCGAGAUUGAUAUGA